AUGUCUCCUCCGCAUUUAAGAUUCAGUCAGCUUUCUAUUGCUUCCAAGAUGCAGACGUCCCCAAGCUCCCGCCGCGAGCAAUCGAGCGGACAAGGAAUCUCACAUAAUACACCAACUCCAACUUCAAAUCGCAACUCAGCCAGACCUUCACCCAGCCAAUCUUCAUUCCAAGAAGAGGAAGACGAUUCCAAUGUGGAAGAAGAGACGGACGAGUCCGAAGACGAGGAGGAUGAAGAUACACAGGCAUCCGGGAACCAUCAACUCUUCGCCCUCGACCAUUGCCGGCAGCAUGAACAAACCUUUGCUUUUCAAAUCGCCUCUGCGGAUGUCAAAACAUACAGUAUCCGUAUCAACACACAAGCAUCUGCCGGGCCAGUUUGCUCUUGUGAAGAAGAGGAAACCUGUCAGCAUAUACUUUGGUUACUCGAACAAUUAAAGGAUGGCAUAGAGCCAGACAUCGACCCAAAUCUUAGCCCCCAGGAACGAUUGCAUAGAACUGGUCUUGACAACAUCUGCCACACACUGCGCUGGGAGUUGAGGGAAUUUCAUGACGAUGGGCCAGCGGAGAAUGAAUAUCAGUUGGUGAAGAUGCUCGAUGCAAACUCCAGUUCCUCUGCCAGCGUCGUCCCCCCACCAAGCCAAGGCACAAGGCAACGAUUGGAGCUGAGAUUGUUUGAUGUUCGGGAUAUUAUGGCAACCCUAUCACAUCAUGAAGUGGUAGAGACCUAUAGACCAGACAUUUUUGACAAUGGUGGCCGUGGUACACUGGAUUAUACCGUGGUGCCUCGAGAUCUGGAAGCAUCCUUGGCGCGAAUUCUCGUACACAAUGACCGGAUUUUCCAUCAAUUCAAAUCCUUUGUACCUCCGAAUGUCCGUGCGGAAGAAUACUUUCUCAUGAUGGUCUACAAAGCAAAAUUCACCUGUGAGCAAUUAGAUCAUUACGCUGCUCACGGCCCCGAAUCUAUAGGUCAAAUUCACGAUGUCAUCUGGUGCGGAAAACAAUUAGCUGAGAUUAUCGAAUCCAUCCACAAAAACAUUGGGCAAAGGGAGCUCUCCGCCCAGUCCCGUGAAGUAGCUGCCAAAGCCUUGAUUGACAUCUUGCAAUUCGUUAUCCAGAAGAAUACCGAAGUCUAUUCUGAACCAAUGAACUGGGCAAGGCGACGACCUCAUGGAGAGCGAAACAUUGAUCGCAAUCUUUACAUGCGCUUGAUUGGAACCGCAUCUCCAGAUAAUCCUGCCAAAGGGACUUUUGUGCUCAAUGCCCUACAGGCAUUACCGGAAGCUGUUCGUUUCGUUGAUGAAUUAGAAGAGAUUCUGGGGCUCUUGACAGUCGAACCAGGGUACAGGCCACCUCCGCUCUACACGAACAAAUUACGCGAUAUCAUCUUUCGCCUGAAGCGAAGAAACAGUCCUGGCGCGUCCUCUUCGGGAAAGAGACCAGCUAGCAGCAUGGACCGUCAAGCUAAACGAAUGAAGUGA